CGGCCUGGGGACGGGCGCCGAGUCAGGCCAGGAAGCCCCGGGCGCGGGCCCCCACGCCGCCCUGGUUACCUGUAACACCGCCAUGUCAACGAUCCCCGCCUCGUGGGUCAGGAUGCGGGCCACACCUGGCGAGGCAGAGGGGGCAUCUCCUGAGCCUGGCCAGACCCUGUGGCUGGAACCACCGUCCCCACGGUCCCCGGCGGGACACAGACCCCGGCCUCUUAUCUUCUGGUUUGUGCUGCUGGUGGGGGUGGCCCGGGGCUCCGGUUUCUCCUUCCUCGCUGCCAGUGGCCCGGCUCAGAGUGGGGUGUCCGGUUCCGUGACAGGGCAGAGGCGGAGGUGACCGCAUGGGCUUCCUGCGGAGGCCGGGCCCGCGGCUGGCGGGCCUGUGCGCCGGGCUGCUGAGCUGGGUGGCCCUUGCCCAGCCCGCCGACCUCUCAGCCCUGGCCCACCACCCCCACUUGUGCGAGACCACCCGCCGCAGCCCCGGCUUCUUCUGCCCCCGGCUGUCCGACGCCCCCGAGGAGGCCUACUGCUGCCGCUCGCCGGCGGCCGGGGACGCCUGCUGCACACGCGCCGAGUUCGAAGCCCUGUACCGGGUCAACCUGUCGGCCCUGCCGCCACCGCCCAUCUUCCGGGGCACGGGCCCGCUCCUGGCACUGGGCCUCUACUGCCUGCUGCUCGCCGCGCUGAUGGCCGCAGACCUCGCGCACUUCUGCCGCGGCCGGGGCCGGAGCCGGGGCCGGGGCCGGGGCCGGGGCCGGGGCCGGGAGCGCGCACGAGCCGAGCGCCGGGGCAGGAGCAGCCAAGCCGGUUGUGGGCGCCGCGGGCCGCCCUCUCGCUCCUCCGCCGCGCGCCCCCUGCGCGUCCCAGUGGGAACUACCUAGGCGCCCC